UUCCAUGCUGGGCAUGUUUUCCAUGUUUUCCAGCCUUCCCACUAGUUCUUUUUAAAGAACUAUUUCCACUUUGCAGCGUGUAAAAAGUCCGACUUUUUCUUCUGCAGCCUCGAGGAGAGCUCGGUCCUCCCAAUGAAAGGAUGGGGGGGAACUGAAUCCACGCCGAGAGGUCCGGGGUCCGAGGAGAGGGCAUCUUCUUCUCACUUUCGCUGGAUUUACGCACCGAGAUGCCGUUCGUCAAACGGCUCGUGGAGCCACAGUUGCUGUGCCGGCGGUACCAAGUCACAAACGACGACCAUCCGGAGGUUCCAGUCUUCGAGGACCUUGUCUCCAUCAGCAAUGUGGCUCUGGCGAGGACCCUGCGCCAGCUGUCGGACCUGGCCAAACACGCCUGCUCCAUCUUCCAGGAGCUGGAGGGCGACCUGGAGACCACGACGCAGCGGCUCCGGGGGCUGCAGAGGAAGGUUGGCCGACUUCAGCAGACCUGCUCCGACAUGGACCCAAAACAGGAGGCAGUCCCGGUGUCCAACCUGGAUGUGGAGAGUAAGCUGACGUUGCACUACCGAGCUCCCUGGCACAAGCAGAGGAACGUCUUCCGGCCCUCCACGCGGCCAGCGUGUGUAGAAGAGCUGUAUAGGGAAGCCAACCUGUGGGUCCUGCACCGAGACCAUGAGAGGAGACGGUGGUCCAGCGUGGAGGGGCGUGUCACCAUCUCCAUCUCUGCUUUGCCCCCCAUGCCCAUGUACCCUUUGACACCCAUCGCCCGGAGGAAAGCUAAGAAGGGCGCACGCUUGACGUGGUUCCAAACCAACACCCGCCCGCCUUCCCCCAUCGAAUGUUGCCACUUCUCCCCCUGGAACACCAAGGCCACAGCCUCAAACCCCGCCGACUGUGACGGGGCGUCGCUGGGUCAGCGCGCCAAGCUGCCUGUCCCCAACACGCCCAGCACCCUGGACAAGCAGACCAACUGGUCCGCUGCCCUGCCCCUGCCGACGCCCGAGGAGAGAAUGAAAUGCGAUUCCAGAGUCAUCAACUCAUGUGUCAUCCCCAUCAAUGUGACAGGCGUCGGCUUUGACAGAGACGCUAGUGUGCGCUGCUCGCUCGUCCACUCACAGUCUUUGCUUCAGAGGAGGAGGAAGCUGAGGCGACGAAGGACGGUGGCCGGCGUCCCCAGACAGGUGCAACUGGAUUUGGACUCUGAUGACUCGCCGGGUUCCAGAGAGCGCACUGUGAUCGUCCACGCCACCUUGGACGUCACCCCUUUCAAUGAGGACCUGGCCAGCCAUCUGGACACCAGAGACUCGGGCUGCCAGACAGAGGACUUCCUGAUCUCAGGAGCGCCUUCUCGGAGGAGAAUCCAUGCCCAGCGUGGCCACCAGGGGGCACCGCUGUGCCUCUGUCAAUCGGCAGGCAACAUUGCCUCUCUGCGGGACAGCCGGGAAGACAUGUUCGCCACUGCCAUGGGCGACCGGCUGCGCUCCCGCAGUCUCCCCCGUGGCAGAAGCAGGAUGAUGGAGAACGGUCACAUUGAUGACGAGGAGGCAGAACUCUCCCCGUUUAGUGCAGAGGACUUCCUGCAAGAAGACGGUGAGAUAAUCCUAAAGGGCGAGGAGGGGAGAGCUGAUGACCGAGUGGGGUCCAAGUGCCUGAAGUACAAGCCGCUGUUGGAGACACCAGAGCGAGGCUGGAUGGAGAGGACCAGGUCCCAGCUGCCCAGGAAGGCAGACUUGGGCAGCUGUGACAUGUCUUCCAGCUCGGACACAUUCAGCAGCCCCAUGCACUCCGUCACUGCCGCAGGGGUCCUGGGAGGUCAGAUGGACCACAAAGAUGACCACCAGUCUUCUAGUGGGAACUGGAGUGGGAGCAACUCCACUUGUCCCUCCCAGACCUCAGAGACCCUCCCACCGGCAGCCUCGCCGCCACUCACCGGCUCCUCGAACUGUGACUCUGAGCGCUCCCUCAACACCACGCCUCACGCUAAUGAGGAACAUGGCAGCUUUAUGCUGGACCCCUACACGGGCCUCAGGACACAGAGAGCGGGCUCCUUCUCUUCCAUGGCCAUGGACAUUUUAGAGGAAGCAGAAGUCAGCACCCCUGUGGAAGGGGAGUGGAACUACACCCACCCGGAUCCCCCUGGUUCUCAGGACUUCAGCCCUGAGCCAAGCAGGGAGACAGAGAGCAGUCUGGGCUGCCCCAGCUUCACCAGCAUGGCCACAUGCGAGAGCAGCUUCUCCGACAAGCCGCUGUCGGAAAAAGCAGACGCUGUCUCACACUAUUCCGUGGACACUGAAGGUUACUACACCUCCAUGCACUUUGACUGUGGGCUUAAAGGCAGCAGGAGCUUCACGUAUAACUAUGCGGCCUCGGGCUCCAAUUCCAGCUUGCUGGACUUCAGCCGCCCCAUGACUCUUGGAGACUCGAGGAGACGCUGUCUGUCCUUAAGGAAACCAAAGGCGAAGCCGUGUCCACCCAAGCGCAGCUCGUCACUUCGGAAAAUAUGCAGUGAGGGAAACAUUCCCAUCCUGAAAGAACCAAAGAUCAGCUGUGGGCAGCAGCCUCCACUGUCCAGGGAGAAGAAAGCGCAACUUAUUUUAUCCACAUCUGCACGUCACAUAGCUAACUCCUCUCCAGCCAAAGAGCCCCUUAGGGUCUGGGGGGUUGAGGGCUCGUUGGACGUGCCUGACCUAGGCGUGUUCAGCUCGACGGAUGCUCAUUCGUUCAAAGACGAUGGCGUCGUUCAGGCCGACUAUGCAGACUUCUGGCUCCUGAACGAUUUAAAAUCCGCUGAUCCCUACAGAUCCUUGUCCAACUCCAGCACAGCUACCGGCACAACAGUCAUUGAAUGCGUCAAGUCGCAGGACAGCUCCGAGUCGCAGACCUCCCAGUCGGGCUCCAGGGCCACUACCCCCUCACUUCCAUCCGUGGAGGGAGACUUCAAGCUGACAUCGCCAGACAGACUGGCCGGCCUGGCGAGUCCUUCCAGUGGAUACUCCAGCCAGUCGGAGACCCCCACCUCCUCCUUCCCUGCUGCUUUCUUCCCUGGCCCGCUAUCGCCAUCUAGUGUUAAAAGGAAACCCAGAGUACCGGAGCGGAAGUCGUCGCUCUCAUCGUUGUCCGGAAGAACUGGCACGACCUCUAAAAGAGAUCUGGAGUUGCCGAUAAUCCCGCCCUCCCACCUGGACUUAAGUGCCUUCCACAGUAUUAACGGCAAAGCUCCAAAUCACUGGACUCAUCAGGAAAAUAAGCAAAAAGAUUUUCCCAAAGCGGAAAGUUCCAACAGCCCUUCCGUGAGCAUCAGCUCUGCCGUGCUGCAAUCUAUCAGCAGGGAACACGACGGAGGUCCUGACGACGGCCCAAAACCGGACUGUCCCCCCGUAAACUCCAGCAGCGCUCCAGCCUCGUUGGAGAGUCCACACUUGGUAAGCGAGCCGUUGCCCACCCCAGACGAUGAAUUGGCAGAAAUCACCCAGUUUUCCCCGCCGCCACCCGGAGAAGAACUUUAUACUCUCAAGUCGAGUCUAGUCCCUAAUCUGCACGGCAGUUUCGAAGUAGUACCUGCUGCCGACGCCCAGUUGCAGGUGCUACAUGUGAGUCCUAGCAGCAAGGAGGUGGAGUCAGCAGAUGAUGCUUCCCAAGGUGCCACUCGGGACGAGACAGAAGAAGACACGACUGCCGAUGAGAUCCUCAGUAAAGACUUGACGCCGAGCGACUCUGCCUCAUCCCAGCUGAGUGACGAGUCGCGGUCAGAGGAUGACAAUGUCUUUCUUUCGCCCACCAAGACCCGGACCACCGAUGACCUCUUUGCUGUGAUACACAGGUCAAAGAGGAAAGUGUUAGGCAGGAAAGAUUCGUCUGAGGUCGGUGUCAGAAAUCGCCUCAGCGCCGCAUCCGGCACAACGCCACCAGGCAGUGCCACCAGCUCGAGUCCCGCGGGGUCACCCUGCAGCCUGCAGAAAGCUCCAGGCCCCAUCUACAGGAAUGCCAAAAAAUCCAGCACCUCCAACGAGGAGUUCAAACUGCUGCUGCUCAAGAAGGGCAGCCGCUCCGAAUCCAGCUAUCGCAUGUCGGCCACCGAAAUCCUCAAAAGCCCUGUCACCCCUAAAGGCGGGGACUGUGCGGACGAGGUGGCCUCCCCCUUGCAGACAGUACCAGAUGUCCCCGCCAAUCCUUACCCCAAUGCCAACGCUGAGGGCUUCUCACCCAGAUCCUUUUUUUCGCCGGCUACCUCCAGGCAGGGUCGCUCGAGAAUCCCGCCGCCUGCGAACAGCAGCCGCUACGGCGCUCGGGGUCGUCUGUACUCGGUACCCAUGCAGGCCAUCUCAGAGGGCGAGACGGAGAACUCGGACGGAAGCCCCCAUGAUGAACGCUCGUCAUCACCAGACUCCACGUAGGACAAACGGUAUGAUGUGUUUGCGUACUUUUUUGUUGUGAAAUAUGAUGUAUUGCGUAUUCUGUGAAUACCCACCGAGUACCAGCCUUCCCUCAAAGUACUCCUUUUUUCUUUUUCUAUUUGGGGCAAAAAACCUUGUAACAGCAAGUGUUUUUUACAGCAGGAAGAAGUGAUGUUGAAGCGAGACAGAGAAACGUCAGUGGCUGGACAGGUUUUAAGAUAAUAAUAACAACAAUAAUAAAUAGUAAUGAUGAUGAUUUUUUUGGUUUGGUGUGUUUUUAUAAUACUCGAAAGGAGGCAUGUGGCAAGUCUGUGAGAUGUUGGAGAUGGAAUGUGCAAAAAUGUUUUUGUUAGGUGUUCGCUAGCAAAGUUUUGUGAGGCGGCCCCUCCCGGCUUGUAUGUGUAUUUAUUUAUUUUUUUAACUAUCCCACACAAUGAGGCUAUUUUUAGAUCAGAUUGCUUUUUACCAGAGAAGCUAUUUUGAGACACUGGCUGCUUAUAAAUAAGAUGCAUCACGACGCAGUCGCUUAUUAGAUCAUUUUAUGCAAAUGUGGCUACACAGCCAAUCUGUUCUGUUCGCUUGGCCAUGAAGCAUCAUGAAGAUGACUCGGCAUGAUAGCGAGCAUGCUAACAGGGUACACAACAGGAGCUUUCAUUCCAACUUUAUUUCUUGUUUUUGGGUUGUUGUUUUUUUUUUUUUUUAGCACUGAUGAAUUCUCUUAUUCUCUCGGAAUUAACAAGGACAAAGCUCACUUUAGUAUUUUUUUUCGAUGAUGCUAUCAGAUGAAUUCUGGGACAAAUCCACCUUUGUGUGAUCUUUUUGUACAAAUGGGGAAAUAACACACCCGUGUCGAAUAAUAGUUGCUUGUGUGUAAAAAAAAAAAAAAAAUGUUUACAUGAACUGUUGUACAUUUCAGAGUUGUGGAUCCGGUCUUGUAUUUAUUUUGUAGUAAACUUUGUGGAAAGUCAAAUCCUAUCAGCAGCCAGUGCUAGGUCGAAGCACUGGCUGCUAAGUAAAAUGUGUCCACAACAACAUGAAUAAAUGUGACUGUUUGGGGGAAAAAACGAAAGAAAG